GCGAGAGGCUGUAUGUGGAGGAUACUGGGACGUCCCUAAAUUCGGUGUGCCAGUUUUCCAUGUUUGGGGUCCAGGACACUUUAGGAAGAGGAGGACCUAUCCUGAGAGACAAAGCAUUGGCAGCUGGCAUGGAUUCUGUCCGGUCCUGGGUGAGGAAUGUUGGAGUUGUGGAUGCCAAGGUGGCCGCUCAGAGUGGGGUGGCAGUGUCCCGGGCACACUUCGAGAAGCAGCCACCGUCCAACCUGCGUAAAUCGAACUUCUUCCACUUUGUGCUGGCACUGUACGACCGACAGGGACAGCCCAUAGAGAUAGAGCGGACUUCGUUCGUCGACUUUGUGGAGAAGGACAAGGAACUGAGCAAUGAGAAGACCAACAACGGCACACACUACCGACUGCAGCUGCUCUACAGCAAUGGUGUCCGGACGGAACAAGAUCUCUUUGUCAGACUUAUUGACUCUGUGACCAAACAACCAAUAGCGUAUGAAGGACAGAACAAAAACCCAGAAAUGUGCAGGGUCCUCCUCACACAUGAGGUCAUGUGCAGUCGCUGCUGUGAGAAGAAAAGCUGCGGUAAUCGGAAUGAGACCCCGUCUGACCCCGUCAUCAUUGACAGGUUCUUCCUCAAAUUCUUUUUGAAAUGUAACCAGAAUUGCCUGAAGACUGCAGGGAACCCCCGGGACAUGAGACGGUUCCAGGUUGUCCUCUCCACCACGGUGAACGUAGACGGACAUGUCCUGGCCGUGUCAGACAACAUGUUCGUUCACAACAACUCAAAACACGGGAGGCGGGCAAGGCGGCUGGACCCUACGGAAGGUACGGACGCUUGUCUGGAGUACGCCACACCUUGCAUCAAGGCCAUAAGCCCCAGUGAAGGUUGGACUACAGGAGGAGCAAUGGUCAUCAUCAUUGGGGACAAUUUCUUUGAUGGUCUACAAGUGGUGUUUGGGACGAUGCUGGUUUGGAGUGAGCUUAUCACUCCACAUGCUAUCCGGGUACAGACACCACCACGACACAUUCCAGGAGUGGUAGAAGUGACUCUGUCCUACAAAUCCAAACAGUUCUGCAAGGGAGCCCCUGGAAGGUUUAUUUACACAGCAUUGAAUGAACCCACCAUUGAUUAUGGCUUCCAGAGGUUACAGAAGGUGAUCCCAAGACAUCCCGGUGACCCCGAAAGGUUGGCAAAGGAAAUGCUACUGAAAAGAGCAGCAGAUCUGGUGGAGGCAUUGUAUGGAAACCCCCAUAAUAACCAGGACAUCAUUCUGAAGAGGGCUGCAGACAUUGCUGAGGCUCUGUACAGUGUCCCCCGAAACCACAAUCAGCUUCCUGCCUUGUCCAGCUCCCCUGCACACAGUGGCAUGAUGGGGAUUAACUCGUAUGGGGGGCAGCUUGGAGUCACAAUUUCAGAGUCACAGGCCAAUAACCAGGGUUAUAUUCGGAAUACAAGCAGCAUCUCCCCACGUGGCUAUUCUACAAGUUCCACUCCCCAACAAUCUAACUACAGCACUCCAAGCAACAGCAUGAAUGGUUACAGUAACGUUCCCAUGUCCAACUUGGGGGUCCCGGGAUCUCCAGGAUUCAUCAAUGGAUCUCCCACUACAUCACCCUAUGGCAUUAUGCCCUCCAGCCCACCAAUUGGAACAUCUGGAAGUUCAUCCAUACUGCCUUUCUCCUCCUCCGUCUUCCCCUCCAUGAAACAGAAGAGUGCCUUCGCUCCAGUCAUUCGACCGCAGGGUUCCCCAUCUCCAGCCUGUACCAGUGGGAAUGGUAAUGGUUUUAGAGCUAUGACAGGACUGGUAGUCCCUCCUAUGUGAAACAGCAUUGGACUGUUUGUAUAUGUAUCAGAAGUAAAGAAAAAAAAAACCCAAGACAUUGUGUGUGAUGGCCGGGUCCAUCUGUGGAAGUGGAUCUACAAAGCCAGGAAAUCUCUUGGUUGUAUCUAUAGAGACCCACCACCAACAUACCAGGGAGAGGAGGCCUCUGGGAAAAUAUGCUUCUUACGUCUGAUUGGUGGCAAACACACUAAACUGAAUCCUGUACAGCGCUGGGAGUUCAUCAGACAACUACAUGGAAUAUUUUGGAUACUUUUUGUUUUUCUUCUUUGUAGGAAAAAAAACUAUUUCUAUUUUCAGCCAAUUUUUUCUGAUACCGAUUUUAUGUUUGCGCCUCGGGACGAUCACUAAAGAAAAAAAAAAUUACAAAA